AUGCAUGUAAAAGAGAGGAGAAGGAUAAUGUCGACCACGGGUCCCAUAACUAAUUAUUAUGUGGAUUCUUUGAUAAACCAUGAGAACGAUGAUGUAUUGUCGACUCGCUUUUCCUCUGCUGGUCCGCUUUCCUCUGGUCCUCGUUCGACAACUCUGGUGCCUGAGUGUGGAGACUACCCUUCCUGCAGCUUUGCCCCGAAACCACCCGUCUUCACUACCUCCUGGGCCCCUGUGCACUCCCAGUCUUCAGUGGUGUACCACCCAUACACUCACCAACCUCACUUGGGAACGGACUCGAGAUAUGUACGAUCAUGGCUAGAACCGAUUCCUGGUGCCGUGUCCUUUCCUGGCUAUCCAGCUAACAGUCGACAUUAUGGGUUGAAGCCCGACGCCUUUCAAGAACAUAGAACCGGAGACUGUUUGUCCGCCAGCGGACGCACCUAUACGGAUUAUCUGUAUUGCUCCCCAGCAGACAUCCGAGAAAAAACGCAACCGCACAACCCAUCGCCUGAGACGGAGAUUAUUUCUUCCGGAAAAGAAAAAGACGAGAAACCAGAAUUAGACCCCAAUAACCCAGUGGCCAAUUGGAUCCACGCGCGAUCGACGAGGAAAAAGAGAUGCCCAUACUCCAAAUAUCAAACAUUGGAACUAGAAAAAGAAUUUCUUUUCAAUAUGUAUCUUACCAGAGACCGGCGCUACGAAGUUGCCAGAGUCCUUAACCUAACCGAAAGACAGGUUAAAAUUUGGUUUCAGAAUCGACGGAUGAAGAUGAAAAAAAUGAAUAAAGAGAAAACAGACAACAAAGGACAGUCAUAAAAACUGUGAAACAAACAACCCCACCAGAGUGCACAGUCUCACCAAACACACACACACACACCAAGAGGAACUGUGGCCAAGAAAUGUCUUAUGCAGUAAACAGUUGUAUUCAUUCCUGUGACCUGGUCUAAGUGAAACGGACUCCUGUAGUAUAUUUUAUUGUUUAUGUCUUUUUGGAGCAAGAAUUUGGCGCGAUUUAAUUACAGAGGUGAAAUAUUGCUUGCUUAUGCUAGAGGAAACCUUUUUAGUCAUGGAUUCAUGAAACCUAAAACAGGCCUAAGGAAACAGGCCGAUGGAAAAGCUGCCUCGAAGUAAAAGCAAGAAAAUACUUGAACUGCCGUGUCUUUUUCAUUUAGUAACUUAUGAACUUCCCAAGACACUAUCUCUUCUCGUUAUGUUUGGGUGUUUAUGAAUGAGUGAGAGAUUUUGUACAGAAAAAUAUAGUGUCUGUUGUCCAAAUACCCUAUGUGCUAAUGUCUUCGUGGUGUUGUAGAUUUUCGAUGUACCGAGUCGUGUAUUUUCAAUAGUUCUGUUUACGUUUGUUUUCUUUCUCCAUUGCUCUGUUCAAAUAUAUGGUCAACUUCCAAAUAUUUGUGAUUCAUAAUUUUAUAGUAGACGUAUCGUUACAUCAAGCUGUAAUAGGCCGGAUUUCAGACGGCGACCUAGCCUGCGCCUUAUUACUGGAUAGAUAUCACUGGUAAACAUUAUACACCGAGUAUUUAAAAAGUCACAAAAGUAAUCAAAAGCAUGAACACAUAUGCCCAUGUGAAUAAAAGGCUGAAAACAAUGUUGCAUCGUAUUACGAUACCGUACAGUGCCCUUGAAAUGUAAGCAAAACUCUCUAUUUUGGGAGGACCAAGGACGAAUUGUGUUUUGACCGACUUGUAGGCUACAGGCUGAUCAAGCAUAGUCCUCCUCUAAGGAUAGGGAUAGCCUAGUAGCCUAGGCUAUAUGAUUUUGCUGUGAGAAGGCCUCAACCUAUACGAGUGUGACACAAAAGUAGGCUAUAGGCCUGCACCUAAGUCUUAGGUUACUUUGAAAGGGUUACUUUUCUAAUUAAGCAAUUGGGCUAUAUUGUUUUUUGUUGUUGUUGUUGUUGUUUUUUCGAAAAUAAAUAUUGU